GGCAGGGGGGGGGGGACGGAGUAACGGCUUUCUUCUUUUUAUUUCGGAUGGUCGCGGUGGGCAUGUGUAUAAUCAUUCAGCAUGCGUGCUGGCGCAUUGCAAAGGCAAAUGUCUGAUGUGCGGGAGCCCGGCGGAGAUUAGCUUGGCGUUCUUGGCAUCCAAAGAUGCCCCCCGACCAGAUCCCAGCGAUCAUCUGGGCUCGCAGGCAUGUGAGCUGUUCGGUGGAAUAUCCUCUCGCAGACACGGCAGAAAAGCACCCCCGACAAGAUAUUACGGCGUACGGCGCAGGUCAAGGCAAAAUGUAAGGAUGUGCCUUCUGCUUAUCAAAUCCUCAUGGGAUACAGACGGGCUAACAUUCAAGUUCGAGAAAAAGUUGCACACAUAAGAAUCACAAUACCAGACAGACAGCGACAAUCAUGGGUUCGUCUUGUUCUCAAUUGCAUUUCUCUCGAUUGCAUCCAUCUCCACACCCUACUGUUGUUGCCAGCCGUCCUAGUGUCUCCUGAAUUUCACAACGGCAUCCAUGACUUGUUUUCUAGAUCUGGUAUUUCCACUAGAUCUAGAUCCGACGCCCACUUCGCCUGUCCACGGCCUCCCCCCUGUCUGGUUUCGCCUCCUACUCGUGCUUCUCGUGAGGAUGUAUGCUCCAGGCAUCCGCAGCCCGUCUCGAUGAAAGGCUCCAGAGACACCCAAACCCGCCGCUUCCAUCUACAUGAUGUGUGCGAUUUUUGUAUCUUGAUGCGUGUCAACGCCCUUUAUGCAGUAAUUGAAAGUCGAGUUAAAAAAAAAAACAAUGGUAAAUGCAAGUCUUGGUAACAAGAAUCUGGCGUGUUUGGACCGGCCGUUAAGCAAAAAAUGCAGUAACCAGCAAGACAUUGCCUUGUGCUCUUCUGUACCUCCCUCCC